UGAAUGUUUUUAGCUUUCAUUCUGGAAUGUCCUACAUUUUUCUUGAGUGUCCUACAUUAUGUGGCGCCUUGUGUCUUGAAGGUCCUACAUUUUGUGGUGCGUUGUUUCUUGAGUGGCGUACAUUGGAAAGGGCUACAUUUUGUGGCGCCUUCGUGUUUCUUGAGCGCCCGCCAUUUUGUGGUGUGCCUCGUCGUCCUCCGUGUCGGUGAGGAAGGCCCCUGCGGCUGCGGGGGACCCUGCCCGAGAGGCCCUUGGGGCGGCGGGAGGGAAGCCCCUCUCCCUUAGUUCCCAGAGGCCUUUGCGCCGGCGGAGGCGCCAUCCCCGUCAACGGCUCCCAUGGCAAUCCCUUGACCACACAGAGAGAGGGAGAGGGAGGGAGCCUAGGCCUGCGUGGGCCCCCUGGCUCUCGCGAGAACAAGCGCCUCUCCUCCUCCUCCUCCUCCUCCGCCAGACAGGGCCGCCUUCCUUCUCCUUUCCUGCCUCAGCGGCGGCGCCUGCCAUGGAAAGCGGCGAGAGCCUUUUCUCGCUGGAGCUGCUGGUGGAGUCUGCGCGGGUGGAGCCGCGGCUGCUCCCGGCGCCUUCCCCGUCCGGAGGGGCCUUCCGCCCGGCGGUGGCGCUGCGCCUGCUCGACUUCCCGACGCUGGUGGUGCGGGCGCCUCAGGCGGCGUCGCUGUCCUCGUCGCCGCCUCAGGCGCCGGGCCCCACGCUGCCCUUCGGCCGGGGCAAGUCCUGCCUCUUCCGGCUGCGGCCCGAGGCGCUGCGGGGGCUGCUGAGGCGCUCGCCGCUGCUGGCGCUGCUGCUGGCGCUGCCUCCGGCCCAGGGCCCCGCCCGCCUCCUGGGCUCCUGCAGCGUCUCCCUGGCCGACGCCGCCGAGGAGCUGCUGCUCUUGGGCUCCGGGCCCCGCGGGCGCAGGGGACACUUCCCGCUCCUGGACCUCACGGGGGAGACCGUGGGCGAGCUGGGCCUCAGCUACCGCCUCAGCAACCUGGGGGUCUGCCUCAUGGGGCACCUGGGGGACGGGGCCGCCCCGGGGAGGCCUCUCCGCACGGAGCACCGCCAGGAGGAGCAAGGGCCACAGCGCCAGGCCGGGCCCCUCGGCCUGGGCCUCGCCUCCAAGGGGCGCCUCGGCCUGGAGCUCAUCCCGGAGGGGGACGAGGAGCAGGACCUCAGCCCCGAGCCCCUGAGCCUGGCCUCCAGGAGCAGCAAAGAGUCACUCACCUAUGGCCACAGAGAGACCCCAAGCUAUGGCCACAAAGAGAUGCCAAACAAUGGCCACAAAGAGAUGCCAACCUAUGGCUGCAAUGAGAUGCCAGUUUAUGGCCGCAAAGAGAUGCCAGCCUAUGGCCGCAAAGAGAUGCCAGCCUAUGACCACAAAGAGAUGCCAGCCUAUGGCUGCAAUGAGAUGCCAGCCUAUGACCACAAAGAGAUGCCAGACUAUGGCCGCAAAGAGAUGCCAGCCUAUGGCUGCAAAGAGAUGCCAAACUACAGCCACAAAGAGUCGCCCUCCUACAGCCGCAAAGAGUCACCUUCCUAUAGUCACAAGGAGCCGCCCUCCAACAGCCCUAUAGAUGAACUCCUGGGGGAGGUAGAUACAGAUGUGGAGUUCGAGGCCAACAUUUUUUGUCCCCCACCCAUGUACUAUAGCUGCCCGCCUGAAAACCCGCGCCCCAGGCCUAACUCGGCCGCCUCAGUGAUAGUGGCUGUGUCUGCAGCUCAGGAAUCGUUUUCGGAUGAAGUAGUGGCAGUCCCUCCUGCGGUGCCACUUGUUAAAGAGGAGCCUACAAGUUGCAGCCAGGAGGUGACCUCCUUGUCGCAAACCUAUGGCACCCCGGAGCAGCUCAGACAGACCUUGAGCCAACUGCCGCUGCUCAACGCUUUGUUGAUGGAGCUGUCCCUAUUGAACAACCCAUCCCUGCAGCCGCAGCCUUCUUCCGUACACCCGCAGUUAGCGUGGCUGUACCAAAAUGCAGAAGGUGCGAAAACAGCACCAUCCCCUUGUGCCAAGAGCGUGUGCCCCUGCUGUGAGGAGAAGAAAGGCACUCAUCGCAAAGAUAGAGGAAGGUCGGCUAGUCCCAAGUUAAAAAGAAAUCGUCCAGAUCAUUCAAAGUGUAUUUCUCCCUCUUUCCAACAUUCACCUGUUGUGAAGGGGAAAGCAUCCACAAAAAUGGUGUAUGCUGAAAGAAUUGGCAGCCCUGAGAAAAGUAAUGCCAAGGAAAACUCUCCCCCUAGAAGAAAGCUUACUUAUGGGCUUACAAAUACACUGAAGCUCCGUCUGCAGCGGUCCAAUCCAGUUAUGUUGAAGGUUCACGAAAAAAGGGAACAUCGUAGAAAAAAACAUGGAGAGGUAUUAGUUGAAAAGAAAGGGAAAACUUCGGCCAAAGGGAAACCACUCCAUGGCUCUCCAUUACUACAUGGCUCUCCUGAGCCUCAUCCAAAGUCUUCUGGGCACUUUGAUGAAAAAAGCAUCCCUGAUGAAAAGACUCAAAUUAAUGAAAAUGUUGAGACUUUAAUCCAAAGUAAUGUUGACCAAGAUUGCCCUACCACCAAGAAAAGUGCAGCUGUUGUUGUGAAGAACAGUGAUGAUGAAAAACAAAAGGACUCCUCUGAAAUGAAUGGCUCUUCUUAUAAAGAAAAGAGUUUGAAAGUCCAUCUGCCAAGAGUCUUUUUACAAGAUGCUGAAACACUUGAAAAUAAAAUUGAUAUGGAAGUGGCAAAGUAUGUAGAGCACAAUGAUGAUGAUAUUUCAAUGAUAUGUAAUGAUAGCCAAAGUAACCAUGAACUUAAAAAUUCAGAUGAUUUGCUGGCUAACUCUGACAAUACUGCCUAUUCAGAAGAUUUCACCAAUGCUGACAGUACAGGCCCAAGCUUGGAAUCUCAAGAGAGCAGUCCUGGCCCUUUAAUGGAAAACCAAGAUGAAAGUCACUCUGCUGAGGACUCAGAUUCUAAAAUAUCUGGAAGAAAUCUCAGUGCUGAAUGUAUUUCACCGCCUCUUCCAGUACCUUCUGCUGCAUCUCCUGUCCACUUUCGUAAAAAGACCUUUGAUAGAAAAUCUAAUGCAGAAAAAACAGGUGUUGUUUUCAACAAGCUUGCUGAUGACUCUCCUCCUCCAGGAACUUUACAAGAAGAAGUUUCAGAUCAACACAUGAUGGAGGAAAGGAGCAAAGAUAUACAGACCUUGGAGAAUAAAGGAAUGUGCUCUGACAUGAACCAUAAUAUAGCAAAAUGUCAAUCUCUGGAAAAGAGUAGCUCACUAAGAACAUCUCAAGUUAGCUCUUACUUGCCUUCCAAUGUGUCUGACUUUGAUCUUAGUGGGUUAGAAGAAAGUAAUUCAUCGGAAAAAGAAAAAGAGGAUGACUUUGCAAUGUUGGAUAUUACUAAUCAGUGUAGGCACAUCAGUGAACUAGUAGUAAAUAAACUCCCAGGAUACACAAUGUAGUUACCAAUAAUAAUAACUGGAUCAAAGCAAACAUGUCUUUAUUUGUUACAAGUAUUUUAAUUGCAUUUCACAAAUACAAUUUAUGCUUUAUAAAAUAUAUAUAUUUCCAAAUAA